UGCUAUGACUUCAGAAUUCCAAAAAUUGUUUUUAGACUUACAAAAUUACAACUUAAAUUGUCAAUCGAAAGCGAGCCGCGAUAUGGAUAAUCCGUGCCUCCCUUUAUAACUCUCAUUAUAAACACUCCCGCGGUUUUCGUUUUGUUUGUAUAAAUCAGAAUCAGCUGUUCAUUCAGACAAUAUAUUGUUGGGAGACAACACAAUAAUAAUAAUGUCUCCUUGCCUGUCGAAACCAAAUUCCAAUCUAUCAGCAAUAACAUACUUCGCUAAAUGCCAUCCGAGUGAUGUUUGCGGCAUAAACGGCCUACCACUCAUUCCGAAUUCAAUUGCAAUUUUCGGUCGAGGACAAAUUUUGAAGACUAUUCGUCAUGCCAACCUGUGCGAGUUAUUAGAUAUUAUUCGAUCGAAACAUGAGAGAAUUAUCAUCGUCUCCGAAUACUCGGGACGACCGCUAAAUGAAUGUGGCGGUGUUGGCGAUGAGAGAACUGUACGGAAAAUAUUUUACCAAAUUGCACUGGCCCUGGAUCACUUGAACCAAAAUGCGUUUGUCUGCCAUAACUUGGAACCAGCCAAUGUGCUUGUCGACAGCGAAUCGAAUGUGAAACUGUUCAACUAUGGACUGUUUCACAUGACCAAUGCCGGCGAAUACGUUCCGUUUCCGAUCGGGAAUGUUCGUUAUUUACCGCCGGAACGACUGCUCGGCUCGAAAAAUAAUUUCAAGAGCGAUGUAUGGUCGCUGGGAGUGAUAAUAGCAGAACUGGUAUUCGGUUGCACUUUAUGGCCAACGACGAAUAUUGCACAGACGAUGCGUAAAAUAUUGAGUCUUUGCAACACUAAAAAUGUCUUGGAGAAAAUUGCCAGGGAUAACAACUGUCUGGAUAAGUAUCAGAAUCUGGAUCCUUCCCUACGACGGCUGCUUGAAUCGUGCCUAACGAUUUCGACGAAGGAACGCAUCUCUACCUGCGAUAUCUUGUCCGACCUAUACUUCACUGACAUGGACUCAGUGACGACAAAUUCCGACGAGAAACCGUUGCUGUUCGAAUGUCCAUUGAGUCACAUUUAUUACUGGUGGCAACUGGCUGGUGGUGACGUUUACACUGAAUUGAAAAACGAAGGACUGAUUCGGAGCGAAGCGCCGAUAUUGAUUAUGCCCAGUCUGGUUCCACUGAGUGGAAAACCAAUUUGUCCGCCGAAAAGCCAAAGUUCGUUGCUGGACAAUCGAAUCGUAAUGCUGAGUUUGACUAACCUGAUCGAUCGCCUUUCUAACAUCAAACCGGAAGCCUAUUUUCCACUCAUCCAUUCGCCAGAAUUCCGCAUCAAUUACGGAACCGAAAUGGAAAAUCUACCGAUUGUGAUACGGGAACGGGACACCGAAUACCAGUUCCAUCGGGUCAUUUUAUUCACUCGAUUGCUGAAGGGUUAUCCGUACACUCGAGACCUGAUUGUGAAAGAAGCCGAAAAGGACAUACCGCCGCUGCUUCGAGGACACAUCUGGGCUUGUUUAUUGGGCGUCAUUGAAAACGGAAGCUACGAAUCAAUCGAUAAAGUUACGCCGACUGCGACUGAUAGACAGAUUGAUGUUGAUAUUCCGCGCUGUCAUCAAUACGAUGAAUCACUGUCAUCGCCAGAAGGUCAUCGUAAACUCAAACGACUUCUCAAGGCUUGGGUAACACACCAUCCUCAGUACGUGUAUUGGCAAGGAUUGGAUUCGUUGACGGCUCCAUUUUUGUAUUUGAAUUUCAACAACGAAGAACGGGCCUUCCUCAGUCUCUACAAAUUCAUUCCGAAGUAUUUGCAUUGGUUCUUUCUCAAGGACAAUUCGGCGAUAAUUAAGGAGUACCUCAGUAAAUUCUCUCAGCUGACCAACUUCCAUGAACCGGUACUGGCGAAACAUUUGCGUGACAUCAAUUUCAUCCCGGAAUUGUUUGCGAUUCCAUGGUUUUUGACAAUGUUUUCACAUGUCUUUCCGCUCUACAAAAUCAUUCAUCUGUGGGACAAGCUAAUACUGGGCGACAAUUCGUUUCCGCUGUACAUUGGCAUAUCGGUUCUGAAGCAACUGAAAACAACACUCCUGUCAUCCGGCUUCAAUGAAUGCAUUCUCCUAUUCUCCGAUCUGCCCGACAUUGUAAUGGAAACCUGCAUGAUCGAAUCGCAAAAGAUGUACUCAACGACACCGAAAAGUGUCGCAUAUCGAAGGCAUGUCUUACACGAAGUCGAACCGGACGAAUUUGAUGUUUCAGGAUUGGAAUUGAGCGAUCUACAAAACGAACUUUGUCCGCGAAUCAGUGUGAAAGAUACCGUUCGACUACUGGUCGACAGUCCGGAACGGAUCUGCAUCGUCGAUCUGCGUUCAUCGUUGGAGUACAAGCGAGCCCAUAUCGAGAACAGUAUCAACAUUCCGUUCACGUCGGUUGCAUUGGGCGACGUUCGAUUGGAAUCGCUGAAUGUGCCGGGUCUGGAGAAACUGUUGGCCAAUCGCAUUGUUGUCGUUGUCAGUUUGUUGCACGAAAAUGCGAUUUUAUUCUCGAAGUUUCUCGUCGAAUGCGGAGUGUAUCGGGUGUGCACAUUGCACAACUGCUUCAACAUAUUUUAUUCGGUCGUUCCGAAUGUACUGAUUUCAUCCUAAUCGAGCCUGGCCUGACGUGUAUUGAUGCAUGAAUAUAAUUCUACAGAAUUCCA